UCAAAGGUUUACAUCAUUGCAGCAAUUCACCUCCCAUCUGCAAGAUGUGCUGAGAGAACAGGCAAGCCUGCGCCGAAGACUGAUGAAACCACUGUGUCAGACUAACCUGCCCAUAGAGGCAGAUCUUCACAGGCGAGGGACCUUUUAUUUUUCCUGUGUGUGUUUACAAUAUUCUUAAAUUCUGUACAUAGGAUGGCGCCCUGAUGUGUAUGAUGAUGUUAUAUUGCUGAGUGUACCUUUUUUAAAUGUUAUUCUCCCAGUUAACUGAGGAAUGAUGGUCCUGUUUUAUAGAUAUGUGGUGGAGGUCAUGAGGAUGGCGGUGGACUUCAUUGAGAACUUGGAGGCAAAGAUGAACACUGUUCGUACUAUUCCCACCAUUGAUGAUUCCAUGAGCAAUCUGGUGAGUGCUUUCAAUCAAAUCCCCAGGCCAGAUGUAUUGCAAGUCCUAAACUCUGCCAUGGGUUGUGUUCAGUAGAAUACAUGUAGCUACAUUUUUUUACAAUAGAAAACCUCUUAUCUUCCUCUUGACCCCUUUUAUCCUCCAUAUUACAAGCCUACCCCUUGUUACAUUUAUACUAGCUCAUGUUAAUAAGUAAGUAAAGUAAGUAAGCAUUGUCUGAGCCAGAAUGUCCCAUAUUAUUGUUAAUACUGUACUAUGAUUGUUCAUGUUAAUUUUAUGCAUUGUACUCUCUCUUUCUCAGAACAAUUGCGUUAGCUCAGCUCCUAGCCCAGGUGACAGAGGUGGAAAGACUCUCCAAUCAGGUUCUACAGUGGAGGAGUCAAAACAGCAGCACUUCCAUCAAUGACAUCACUACCUGAGAGCAAUGUGAGUCCCAAUAUUCCACCCUUUUCCCAAGUGUGCACUUGCCUGUCAUGGAUUUAACAAGGGGGUAAACUCCCUACAGCCAAUGUUUACAUGAAUCCACUGCUUUUAAAUCUAUGAUUACAAUUGUAGUGUGUAAGUGAACACUUUGGGAGAAGGGUGGAGAA